CACAGGAUGAACGGGUGCAAGUUCUUGGGUCACACAUUCCCCUGCGACCUUGAGCAAGUAAUUUCUAAUCUCUGGGUCUCACUUUAUGCAUUUGUAAAGGAAGGAAGUUGGACCAAAAUAGAUUUCCAAAUCCCAAUAAAUGCCUUGUUCUGGGUAGACCGUUGGCUUGAGCAAAUCAUUCAACCUCUCUGCGCUUGUUUCUCACAUACACAAAAAAACAAUAAUAUUACUAACCACCUUCUAGGUUAUGGCGACGAUGCCACGUGGCAACGCAACCUCCCUAUUCCCGCGCUCGCUCCCGGGAGGCCGCUUUUAUACUCAGUCCCUUUGCCGUUCAGCGCAGGCGCGCUGGAGCCCGAGCGGCCUGCAGAUUCCAGACUUCCGGUUCCGAGGGGACUCAGAGGCCAGACUGAGACUAAUGGCGGCGUCCACGGAGCAGGCCACGGGGGGCGUUGAGAAGACCGCGGCGGAAGAGAAACCGCGCGUUCUGGAACCCGGGGCAGCCCCGUUCGGAAAUUUCCCUCAUUAUUCCCGCUUCCACCCUCCAGAGCAACGGCUCCGCCUCCUACCCCCGGAGCUGCUUCGCCGGCUCUUUCCUCAGAGUCCCGACACAAGGCCGAUCCUGGGGCUCGACGUGGGGUGUAACUCCGGGGAUCUGAGUGUGGCUCUAUACAAACAUUUCCUUUCCCUACAUGAUGGGGAGACCUGCUUAGAUGCCUCAAGAGAACUCCAUCUCCUCUGCUGCGACAUAGAUCCAGUCCUGGUGGAACGAGCUGAAAAAGAAUGCCCUUUUCCUGAUGGUUUGACUUUUAUUACCCUGGACUUCAUGAAUCAAAGGACCCGGAAAGUUCUCCUGAGCUCUUUCUUGAGCCAGUUUGGACGCUCAGUUUUUGAUAUUGGCUUCUGCAUGUCAGUAACCAUGUGGAUUCACCUGAACCAUGGGGACCAAGGCCUGUGGGAGUUCCUGGCCCACCUUUCUUCCCUAUGCCGCUACCUCCUUGUGGAGCCGCAGCCCUGGAAGUGUUACCGGGCAGCUGCAAGGCGUCUCCGGAAGCUGGGCCUCCAUGAUUUUGACCACUUCCGCUCCCUGGCCAUCCGAGGUGAUAUGGCCAGUCAGAUUGUGCAGAUCUUGACCCAGGACCAUGGCAUGGAAUUAGUAUGCUGCUUUGGCAACACCAACUGGGACCGAAGCCUUCUGCUCUUCAGGACAAAACAGGCCACAGAGACUCAUCCGAUCCCCGAGUCACUGAUAGAAGAAGGAAAAGAAAGGAACAGAAUAAGAUUCUGGAGAGAGUGAGAUGGGAGGGCAGUAAGACCAGGAUAGAGAUGUUGAAAGAGUUUUAUAUAAAAAUUAAGUUCAUUCUCCUUAACUCCUGGUGGUUAGGCAGCCUCCAAACCUGGCAGAAGUUUUGUAAGUGUCCAGGACAUGGAACUAAACAAAUCAUUAUCUUUUCCCCAUUUGGGGGGAUGAUCCCUGAGGAGACUAUAUCUGAGGGGCAAUGACCUGGGCUGUCUGGCAGGAGGUGACCAGGAGAAAGUGCUUCUGGGAUAUGGAAGGGGCUACUUUUGGUGAUUAUUUAGGAAAACUUAGACAAGGUUAGCCUUAGAAUAUGUCUGUUCCCUGGGCUACUUGAAUCUGAUCUGCCUUCUUCAGGCUUUCUUCUAGACUUAUCCUGUUCUAUGAGGCAAAACCUCACAAUACAGCCUGGAAUAAAAAGUCACUGGCCUGUCUAAAGGAGAGCUUUGGUAGGAAAAAUAACUUUCCAGAGCAGAUCAAGUUUCCAGCACAUCCGGGCUGAGCACGGCAGUCACAGAUACAGUAUUAGCCAAGAUACAUUGACUAGCAUUUACAAAGUGUUUAAAAGAUUUAAAUCAUGAACUCAAAAUUCAACUGGUACAAAUGAAAUGAAUGAAGUGGGACUGUAUACAGUAUAUACAAUUAUAUGUAAUAAAAGUGACUUGAGUAUGAUUGAGAAUACCCUGUGAAUCUGGAGUGGAAAAGAAACUUCUGCCUUUAACCACUCUUCCCCUUGAGGUUUCAGCUCAAGAAAAAGAACCUCACCCAAGCUCAAAGCAGAAAACAUGCCAGUGAGUAAGUUAAUUUGGGACUUUUUUGUCAGGGACCUCUGCCAAAGCACACCAGCAUGGAGGUACAUACCACCAUGGGGAUGGGAAUAUACGCAGGGAAGCGCAUACAAAAUGCAGCCUGCAAUUGGAUGGCUGUAGCAUCUGUGCUGUGGAACAGGUGUCACUGAUAUCUGACAGGUGUCCAUUUUUAAAACACCCAUGAGUCUAUUCCAAGGGAAAGUGGAAGGUAGAAACAGAUUUGGUGGAGAGAAGAUGGAAAAACAAAGCACCUAGCUAAGAAGGGAAACUAGAUUGAUGAGUUUAAAAAUCCCUAAGAUCCUGUUUUCAGAGUUGAUGUUAUGAGAGGGAGGAGCAGGGAACAAGAGAGUCUGAACCACCAAUUAGAGGUUGGACCUCUUGAAGGAGAAGUUAGGAAAAGUUCCUACUAAGGAAUUUGAACUUUAUGCAUGAGGGAGCAGAAGCCAGAGCAGUCCCUAAAUAAUAGGAGGAUGGAACCAAAACCUUCAUUUAGGAAAACCAAUUUUUCUAUUUUGUGCAGGAUAAUUGUAUGGUUGGUGCCAUUUCCAAUCUCAAUUAGACUCCAAUACUACUUCUCAGUCUUUUUAUAUUGCUUCUUCUGAUCACUUUUACCCUCGUGACUCUUCCAGACUUUUCCCCUCUGCAGGCUGACUCUUCGUGCUCCAUUAAUCUAUGCAGGUGCCCUAACCAUGACCUAGUGCCGUUCUUGUUUGUGGUGUCAGGAAGUCUUUUCUUGCCCUCAGUCUUGAACCCUUCUUCUUCCCUUGUUUUCACUUCUAACUUACCCAAUAAUCUUUUACCCAAAUAACCUCUGCCUAAGUUCCUGAUCCCAGCCUAUACUACCCUUCCCAAAUUGUGUUUUAUUAAGGAUCCUCUUGGUGUCCUUUGGCCUUAUUGACUCCUUCCUGUCCACCUACCAACAUGUUCAGUUCUCUCAUCUUCAAAACCACCAAAUUUCCUUUGUCCUGUCUCCCUCUCAACCUUAUGCAGUCUUUCCCUCCAUCUCCUCACCACCAGACAUACGCAAAGCCCUUGAAAGAAAGGAUGCCACAGCCUCUGCUCCCUCCCAUUCAUCAGUGACCACCUGAGCACCAUAUUCUGAGGCCUCUUUUCAGUCUUCCUCCGGAGCCAUGGAAUCAUUCAACACUAUCGACUCCUUCCUCGUUGAACCACUCACCCUGGUUUCUGUCAUACCUCUCCCCCUGUAUUCUCUUCCAAUCUCUUUGGCAAUUUUCUCUGUCCCUUAAGCAAUUGGUUCGCAUUUUAAUUUGUAUAACAAUUACCCAGGAAGUCCUGGAUUCAUCUCCAGAAACAGUGAUUCGGGUCAGAAAUGGGGCUUAAGAUUUUGGUUUGAUUUGAGGUUUGGGCACUUUUUUUAUUUCUGCAUUUUUUUACUGUGGUAAAAUAAAUGUAACAUAAAAUGUA